UUUACUGUACAGUGCCUUCACAAUUGCACUGCUGAGUUUAAAAAAUAAUAAAUAAUAACUUGCUUUCAUAAAUUGUUUUGUCAUUUAAUUAUAACGACAAAUUACUAAAUUUUGAAUAAUUGAGUAAAGCGCGUAUCAAAUCGCGCGAGCUGUUGAUCAACAAACUACAGCAAGUAUAGAAUAAGAGAGAAAGUGUUUUUACAUUUAUGAACGUCUCAGCAGUCACAAGAAGCCGGUGAAACUGAUAAGAUCGGCAGUCCUUGUUCACUCUUAGAUGCAAAAAUUUUAUAUUUAUUUAUUUACUUAUUUAUGAAAAUUCAUUGUGAUACAAAAAAUACCAACGACAUUUUUAAAGCUGGUUGUUUUAAUUUCUAAUGAAUACAUUUUUUAAAGAAGUGAUGUGAUAUCAAACUGUAAUAAGUAAUUCUAUUAAAUUUGAAAUAAUAAAUGAUUAUUAUUGUUGAAGAAAAUGCUGGUAUCAAUUGCUCUGUGGUUAUUGGGGGCUGUAUUAAUUCUCUGGAUAUUAUUGGAUCCGGUUAGUAGAAUAUCUCGUGCGCUAUAUGAAAUAAUAAUUCCAUUAAUAAGUUCAAAUCCAAUUGAAUUAAAAAGUAAAUUCGGUGAAUGGGCAGUGGUGACUGGCUCGACUGAUGGAAUUGGCAAAGCUUAUGCGAAGGAACUAGCUAAUCGUGGAUUCAAUUUAGUUCUCAUUAGCCGUAAUCCUGAAAGACUUGAAAAAACUAAAAAUGAAAUAUUAAAAAUAAAUCCAAACAUACAAAUUAAAAUAAUUUCAGCAGACUUUUCUAAAGGAAGAGGAGUCAGUGUUGAAAUAGAACCGCAUUUACGAGAUAUACCUGUUGGAAUUUUAGUUAACAACGUUGGAAAGCAGUACACAUAUCCAAUGUAUGUUGGUGAAGUACCGGAAGAUGAGCUUUGGGAUAUAAUAAACAUAAAUAUCGGUGCUGCAACUUUAAUGACACGUAUUGUAAUACCAGGUAUGCAGAAACGAGAAAAAGGAGCUAUCGUCAACAUAUCAUCCGGCUCAGAAUUACAGCCAUUGCCAUUAAUGACUGUAUAUGCAGCGACUAAAAUUUAUUUAAGAAGUUUUUCCGAAGCUCUGAGAGUUGAGUACCGCAAAUUUGGUAUUACUGUUCAACAUUUAACACCCCUGUUCGUUAAUACUAAAAUGAAUGCAUUUUCUCAGCGAUUGCAGGUAUCCACAUUCGCUGUACCGGACGCAACAACUUACGCAAAGAAUGCUGUUGCAACUCUUGGAAAGAUCGACAGUAGUACGGGUUAUUGGGCCCAUGGUAUACAAGCUUUUUUUACACUUAUUCCCCCAGUAUGGAUACGCACGAAAAUCGGCGAAAUGAUGAAUCAAACAUUCAGAAAUGAUUAUUUGAAACAAAAAAAUAUGUAAACCUUGUAAAUAUACGUAUAUAAUUUAUAAUUUAUUAUUCAACAAAAUAAUUUUCGAUUAUUCUAUAUAAAUUUUCAUUGAAUCUUGAAUUACUUCUUCACAUUUUUACAUCUUCUGUACAUUUAUAUAAUUCUAGCAUUUUAAUGAGAUACAUUUUUAAAAAAUUCAUAUUUUCUUUUCUUUUUUUUUUCAUUUUUUUCACUUUCGUAUCUAUUAAUAUACAGUUCUUGCUUAGUAAUAAUAGUUAUUAGUACCGAUUACUUUUAUUUAUAUUUUAAUUAAAUAUUUAUCCUGUUAAUUUAAUAAUAAUAACCACGUAUAAUAAACUACUGAUACUAUUUUUGAGUAUCUUUUUUUAAGCCUACUUCACGUAAUAUAUAGCAUCCAUGAUUAUUAUUAUUAUUUGUUAUUGUUACAAGUAUUUUUUUUUGUAACUCUACUUAAACAAAAAUAUAUCUAUUACAAUUUUAUAUUGAAUGGAUGACACAGUUUCGUAACAAUUUUUUUUUUACAUCGAUAUAUAUUACAUAUAUAGAUUACUAUGUAAUUUUACCAUUACGUAUCGGCGAAUCGUAUAAUUGAUAAAUUAUUGAAUCUUUGUUCACGUAUCGUAAAUUUAAAGAAAAAUAAGUAAAUAAUUAUUGAAUAAAGUUGUAUCGAGGAAAAUAACACGCAAAAAAAAUCAUUAUUCGACUUCCUUUAAAAAAAAAACAAUUUGUACUUUUUUUUAAGAACAAUUAUAUUUUUAU